ACGCCAGAGAGUUUGCGCAAGCUUCGACCCGCCGCAGCUCCGAUCGGCGGACGUUAAGCCGCCAGCCACACGUUUCGAGCUUUCGUUCCGACCAGCAGUUGACUCGCAGCCAGGCUUGCAGCCUGACUGAAGCACGGCAGUGCUUUUCUUCUCGUGCCGUGUGUACCCUCUCGCCUCUCUCUUUUUUUUUUCUUCCCUUCUCGCGCGGUUCUCCUUCCCUCCCUUAUUUUCGUCCGAAUACACUCUCUUUGAUCUCCUCGAGAGUCUCGAUCGCACGCACUGUGUUAUGACGCGCCGAUGAUCUACGCGCUGCUUCCAGCAGCAGCAUCAGCGACGACAGUGCUCGUGUCCGACUGAAAUCAUCGUCCCUAGAAGUGGCUGCUGGUCGCCUCUUCGGGGGAUCCCCGAGUCGCGCGAGCAGCAUCCUCGGACGGGACGUUCGUCGGUGGUUCUAUGUGAGCCAGUGCGCAGUCAAGAACCGUGGAGGAAACUGUGCCGGACGACGUCGUGGUCGAUACGUGGCCAAGGAUGAUGACUAUGAUAUAAAUCCGACCUCCAAGGAUCCGCUCGGAAGGACUCUUACGAUCCUCCCUUGGAAAUCCUCGCUUGAUCUCAUGAGAGAGAAGAUGGCAUUCUCGAUGGGACCCGCGUGGAGGAUAUCGCGUCGGUGAUUUCGAUCGGCAGCGAGGAUCCAGCUCUCUUGAAGAGAGAUCAGUAAUCAGGGAGCAUGAAGGUGUGAUUGUAAAGGUAGUUUUCGACGGGGGAAGCAAAUGGAGAUAAGAGGAGAAGUAGCGGAGGUAUUUUGACAGCCUCGGCACUUGUCCCGGGAAUGCUUCGAAUGCCUGUGCCGGUACUCCUCGGUAGCUGGGGCUGGGGAUUUUUCGCCAUAUUCCUCCUGCUUCUGGCCACCCCCAGUCCCGCUGCCAUUCGCAGAGCGGACCGAGGCCACUGCAAUAAAACGGUGGAUAUCUAUGAAGAUGUGUCGAGUCCGGCGGUGACCCCAGCGAAUUGGGGUAAGCCCCUCUCUUGCUGGUACCGCUUCCGUGCCUUUCGCGGGACGCCCCGGGACUGGAUUCUGCGAGUACGCUUCAAGAAGUUUAAGGUCGGGGUGCUGGAAAACGCCACCACGUGCAGCGGCGGUUAUCUGCAGAUCAUAGACGGCAAUACAAAGACCGAGGUGAGCAAUCGCAAGGACCCGGGCGUUUACUGCGGCGAGUCCGAACAACCGCAGACCUUCAUUAGCGAGACCAGCUUUGUACGAGUGAUCUUUCACGCGGACAACUUUACCGAUCAGACGUACUUUAGCUUCGAUUCCCGCGCCGAACAACAGUUCGAGGUGUAUCUGAGAUAUGGUCAGCAUCCCGAGCUCUAUCCGAACCGUCGCGGCGAGAUCGUGCCUGGCAGCUACUGCGAGCGCGUGUUCAAGGACUGCCGAUUGCAGACAUGCUAUGUACAGAGCCCGGCUUACCCGGGCAUCUAUCCCCGCGCAUUGCACUGCAAGUAUCGUUUAAACACCCGGCUACCCUUUAUCAAACUCUAUAUUGAGAACGAGGAGUUUAAUAUCGAUGGUCAGCGAUGCGAGAACAUCAUGACGUGCCCGAUGCGACCGAUCAGCUCCGGCUCGGAACAUUGCCCGUACGAUUACAUACGCGUAUAUGACGGUAAGAACGAGAGUAGCCCGGUGAUCGGUACCUUCUGCGGCAUGGGCAAGUUCCCGUACAGUAUUAUCGGCACCAGCGAAGACCUGUACGUGGAGUUUGUGUCUUCGCCGGCCGGUCCACUGCUCAACACCGGCUUUCACUUUAACGUGGGUAACUGGCCAGGUCACGUGGAGACCGCUGGCGUGAAGAAUGGCAGUUGCGACUGGUUAUUAAACAGCGAGUCCCUCGUCAGUGGUAACGAAGGUAUUUUCCUGUCGGUCGCGCAUUGGUAUCCGCCGCACACCAGCUGCACUUACUUGUUACGCGGACGACCCGGUGAGAUCGCCCGCCUCUACUUUCCCAGCUUCCGGGUGAAUCGAAUCGAGUCGCCGAUCCAGCCGUACGAUGGUGACUGCGGCGAGAGCUUGACGCUCUACGAUGCCGACUGGCCAGACGACGCGCGUAUCAUCAAAACUUUCUGCGACACGUUCAGCAAACCGAUGGAGAAGCACGAUUUCGUGUCGACGUCGAACGCGCUGUUUGUGCGAUUCGAGAGCAAGACCGGAAGCUACUCCGGUAGCUCGCUCUACUACUGGGCCCAUUACGACUUCUUCAACGCUACGAGAUUCGGCGAGCCCGUAACUGGCACCGAGUGCGACGAGAUCUUUGCCUCGUGGAAGUCGCGAUCGGGUCGAUUGCGAUCGCCUCUGAACACUCUAGUUUACAAGAGACCCGGUGACCCACCCGCCGAUUUAUCUUGCACCUACAGCUUCGUCACCGACAAGCGAUUGUACGCGAGAGUAAUCCUCGUUAUUGAAUCAAUCAACUUCAAGGAACACCCGUAUGCCCAGUGUGGCCACUGCUGGGACAGCCGGGUGGAUCGCGUGAUAAUUCGAGAGCCGAUUCCCGAUAGUAUCAAAGGCCACUGUCUUUGUCGUUCCAACAACAACGGUACUCCGGCGCCAACGACUUCACCGCCUGCCCCUCGGCCGCCUAUUCUUCGAGUAGUCUCCCGAGGCGAGAGACUGGACCUGAAACUUCUCGUAGACGGUACUCACGCGGCCUCGAGCUAUUUCAAGUGGCCCGCGCCACUCUUCGAGGCGAGAUACGAGUUCGCGCACAGUCCUUUAUGCGGACCGGCCCUUCUACCGGCCAGUACCGAUGGUGAAAUCGAGUUUCCGCAUUACGAAGCUUUGGGGUACGUUACGCCACCCCGGUCGAUCAAGUGUAUCUGGGAGUUACGGGUGAACCGCGAACGCGAUCUCUGGCUACACUUUGACAAGAUCAAAUUCGCGUCGCGCUCCUGCGAGGACGGCAAGCUCGAGAUCUUCCUUCCGGGCAACAUCGAGCCGUAUCUCGGCAUCUGUGGCGAGAACGUCAGCUAUGUCAGAGAGAUGCCGAUUAUAUCUGCGGCGCAGAUCGCACCGUCGUCGACGGAUCAUCUGGCACCUGCGGCCGCCGACGGCGGCGAGGAAUCUCCCGCUGUCAUCGUGCAAUUCACCGGAUCUUUGGCACCCGCCAGGGUGGCCUUCAAGAUCGCCUGGACCGAGCUCUAUCAUCUGCCCCGGGACGGUUCCGGAGCCCUCAACACCGGCAAAGUCCACGAGGACUGCGGUUUCCAGUGUCCCGGCGACGCGGGAUGCAUCCCGACGAGAUUAUUGUGUAAUGGCGUGGUCAAUUGUCCCAGUCGUGGAUUGCCUAUACCUUUGGGUAUCCUGAAUGGCACUCUCUACGAGCCGGAUGAUGAAUCGGUGGAGACGUGCGGGGGACCCAUUAAUGGCAACGGUGGCGGUUUUGCCGGACCCGCCGGCUGGGCCGGUGCUGGUCUAGGUGCCGGUCUGGCCAUUCUCUUGGGUCUGGCGUGUUUCAUCGCCAUGUGCAGGCUUUGCAGAAGACGAUCGCGCUCCAGGGACAUACAUGUGCCCUACUGAAAUUCUCUGGACGCGAUCGACCCUCUGCAAGUAUUCACGCACGAUCAAGAAGAACAUAGAAGUCGUAUUCAUAGUCGUUUCUCAAGGAAUCAAUCUUUCUCGCUCUUUUAUACAUGUACGUACAUGUUUGUAUACGCGUAAGUGUAUAAAUGAGAAGAAAGAGAUCUUUAUUUCUCUCUUCGAGAAGCGAAAAUGAAUAAAUAAGAACGAUAAGAGACAUCUGCGUGACGUCUUAAGUUUUUAGACAUCGCUUAGACGUCUUUGAGGAGAUUGCAUUAACACUCUUUCGAUAUAUAACUAACUUCAGUUCACUCAACUCUUUCGAUAUAUAACUAACUUCAGUUCAGUCGACUCUUUCGAUAUAUAGCUAACUUCAGUUGAAUCGACUCUGUCGAUAUAUAACUAACUUUAGUUAUAAAUACAUUCUUUUCCAACAUUAUUGUAGGUAAGACUGUAAUCUCUCGAGAGAAAUAACAAAUUUAUAAGAAAAUCCAAGCUUAUUCAAGUUGAUGCAAUCAUGUCUUCUAGGCUUCUAUAUUUUUCAGGAGACGAAUUACGAAACAUUCUCUUUUUCCACAUUUGCCGAGGUAAGAGAGAGAGAGAGAGAAAGAGAGAGAGAGAGAGAGAGAGAGAGAAAGAGAAAGAGAGAGAGAGAGAGACGUUUUCCAAAUUCCAACGACAAAUCCGACAUUACGCUUACGAGUAAUCUUUCCAAUGUGAUGCUUCCGGAUUUAACAAACAUCGAGUUUGCUCAUUAAUCGCGAAAGAUUGAAUCUUAUCGUUCUAUUGAGGUGGCCGUGUAUUACUGUCAGCGUGACGCUCACCGAUCGCCCAACCCCCACGUCCGUCACAUCAUCAAUCUUCUAUUUACACGUUUCGCGGAACUAAUGGUCCAUACAAUAUCCUUCCCCACAGACACGACCAAGUUCUAACCGAAAGCCGUAUUUGCCACUACCGCAUUGUAUUCAUCGUAUUAUCAUCGCGUCUUCUUUAUACACUGCCAUAGACGUAAAACUUCAUAUGUAGUCCUCGUCUCUCGAUCGUUCCCAUAGAAUCACUCGCGCGAGAGAAAUCGUAGAUUCGUGACAAUCGGAUUAUCGCUGAAGUACGGAUGGCGAUAUCUUUCUUUUAUUUCUAGCGAUAUAGAGCGAUAUCUAUGGGAUACAAAUAGAAAUGUCGAACGACACGAAUUGCAUUUGUACCAUCUCGUGUGUUCCUUUAAUCUUUAAAACAUUGUUAUCGGCGAUACGAAUUGAAGAAUAAUGACUUUAAAAAUUAGAAGUUUUAUAUUAAAUUAGGUUAAGUUUAAACGACUGCAAUUACUUUUCAACGUCAAACGAUAAUUAAUAUAAUUAUACGAUAUAAUACAUCAAUUUUUAUAAUUAAUUAAUUACGUAUUAUAUUAUAUUAUAUAUUUUUUUAAAUUAAGUUUCAUUUGUCAGAAGGGAUUGCUAUUUUCUAGAAAAUCGUAAAGGCGACGUGGACUUUUAUUUUCUCUCGUCGUCGCUCGCGCAAACGCAAAUCAGCGAACCGAUCGUCGUAGAUUUCGACUUGGAGAUGUAGUCCUUAGCGGUUGCUCAAAGUUGUCCUGCUUCGUGAAUUCUCGAGAGAGAGAGAGAGAGAGAAACACAACUCCCUCCCGUCGCGCGCGCAAACAAGAUAGAAUUAAAUUGACUCGAAAUACAGAGGAGAAACGGCGGGAAUGACGGGAAUCGAUAUAAUACAUCGGAGAUUGUGUGACUUUUGACGGGUCGCGACACGCCUUGUCGAUUUAACAUCUUGAGGUUCGGCGAUUGUAAUCAGUAUAAUAUAAUACAACUGUUGUG